AUGCUCCUAUACAAGCGAGUAGUUGCGGGAAGUUCAAGGCCGGCGUUCAUUUACAUUGUGAAUGGCGCCAUCGUCGCCCAGGUGAUCUAUGGAAUCACCUUCGUUCUCCUCAUGGUUCUCCAGUGCCGGCCGAUAAGUGCAUACUGGCUGCAAUACUCCUACCCCACCCCGUACACGGAGAAAUUCUCCUGUUUGUACGAGGGUACGGUGCCAAUGGCCAACGCAUGCGUUAGUGUGGUGACAGACUUUCUAGCUGCCAUGCUGCCCAUGUUUCUUUUCAUGCAACUGAAGAUGCCGAGGAGGGACAAAUUUGGUCUUGGGGCAAUCUUUGGUGUUGGGUUCAUGUCAGUUGCUUCUAUCCCUCCUGCUAGUCCUCUUUUGUUUGCACGGCUGACCGGGUGGUGGUCUACUCACAGUGUCUGUAUCACUGGCAUUGUAAGAUCGGUCCUCGUGCGUCGCAUCUUUUAUCAAUCUUACGACGUGACAUGGCUGAGCCAUGACCUCUGGUCAUGGACCUACGUCGAGACCAACCUCCUCGUUAUCUGUACCGCUAUACCUCCUCUAAGGGUAUACUUUAAACGAAUUCUAGGAGGCACUACGUCAGGCCAUAGCGGGGGCACACCGGAUCGCAACACGUUUCAUAGAAGGAGGCCUAGCGAAUAUUCAGACCUCCCCGGCAAUUCGCAUCUGGGAACCUCUACAGACUCUAUCGCAUUGCAUGAUGUGGAAUCUGGUAAAAUCCAGCCUGUCGAAUACCAGGUGCAGGUUCCUCGACGAGCUGACCUAGGCGAUGGGGGUGAUGGUAAACCGCCUGAACCACAACGUUUUAAUCAAGUUUAUCUCGACAAAGAGCUCCCAUCUAUUGCCAAAGGUAUCCGGCUUGGAAAAAAGGGUUAG